UUGGGAGACCGAAGGCACACUUUACAGAACGUACGGUUCAAGCGCCAUGAGCUUUCCACCGCCGAGGCCUGACCAAGUUUUCUCGAUGUCGAACGUUUGUGCUCUGGUUUGUGCUGUUGGUGUGUCAACGCAGGUCAACGCGUCAAGGCCUGCGUCAAGGCCUUCUCCUGCACUUUCCUCUUGGUUUGAAAGGAGCACACAUGCAGGAAAGCAAGGCCAGCAAGAGACUCAAGAAUGGUCGCCAGACGAGCCUUCAGCCUCCUGCGCUCUGCCUUAUGCUGUAACGAAGUAGGCCUCCCAACGGUCGGAACGGCGGUUCGUCCAGCCGCGCUGCAACGUCCGGAGACUUCAUUUCGAAGCCCAUAUACCACCACGUCCGGAGGGUCGGGCGACGCCGGAACGGCGAAUAUACCGAAUGCGCCUGUGCAGCAAUCUCAAGAAGGAUUUAGCGAGCUCGGGGUGAAUAAGCUGUUCUUGCGGGCCCUGGAGGCCGAAAAGAUUACCGUCCCAAGUAACGUUCAGCGCAGGGCGAUACCACUACUAGCAGACUCGAAGGACGUUCUCAUAACAGCCGAAACGGGCUCUGGAAAAACGCUAGCUUACCUACUUCCAGUCUUGUCCCAUCUCAUUGCACAGCCCGCAAAAGCAGCAUCUACUUCCUGUGCGCCUCUUGCUCCCCGUGUUCUUAUUUUGACACCGACUCGGGAUCUGUGUCUGCAAGUGGUGAAAGCCCUACGGGCGUUCACGAAAGGGUUGAACCUCAAAGUGACGUUGUUUCCUCCACCGCCGUCAGUUCUAUUGUCUCAACUUCGAUCACCCGACAUCGUGAUAGCUACCCCUGGCUCGGUCAAUGUCGAAUGGAGAAACAACCGCCUUCUGCGAGCGUUCCUGGGUCGGUGCGAGAUUGUCGUUGUUGAUGAAGCCGAUUCCAUUGUCGGAGACGAAAAGGCAUGGGAGCUCGUGUCGCAGGCGGAAAGGGUCCUAAGAAAGCAAUGUUUGCCAGCGGAGGGGCGACGAUCGAAGUUCAUUUUUGCCGCUGCGACGAUGCCGCCGAUCAGAGCUGCCAAAUCGAAAACUCCUCGGGCUCUCCUACACAAACAUUUUCCGAAUUUGGUCACUGUGAGCACCGGGGAACUUCACAAAGCCCCGGUGGGCAUAACAGAGCGGUUUUUCCCUCUGGCCCGCGACGACCAAUUGACCGAAGAGCUUACGAUGGAAGCGGAAGAUCGACUGAAAUGCAAUGCGCUAUUAAGCCUGAUAUAUCAACAGACGGAAAAGCUGUUGGUUGCGGCCCGUGAUGCGCAUGCGCACCGUGGGGCAAAGUGGCUCGUUUUCUGCAAUGACGGGCGGAGAGCGAGGGUGAUGCAUGAGGCUGUGGAUCGCACCAAACAUAUCUUCAUCCCUGAGGAAUAUCGAGGACAGGUGACCAUCCAUUGUGAAGUCUUGGAAGGUACCGGCGAAAAGGAUCGGCUUGGGAGGAGCCAAAAGAUUAUGGAAUUCGUUUCUACACCUAUCACCGCGCCGGCAUCGGUCGGUGUCUCUCAGGAGGAACAAUCGAAAGGAACUGAGAGCAUUCCGGAAAGGCCUCACGGUGGAGCAUCUCCUUCGCGAGACUUUCGCAUUCUGAUCUGCACAGAUUACGUCGCUCGUGGGCUCGAUUUCGUAGAUGUGUCGACCGUUAUACAAGUGGACUUCGCGAGGGACGCAGCGACCUACUUACAUCGGAUAGGGCGGACGGGGCGGGCUGGCAAGACAGGAGAAGGUAAUGGAAACUCAAUAGCGAAGGAGACUUCACAAAUCAAUGACGUUUAACCCUGUUUGUUCUUCCUUCUCGCAGCGAUAAGUUUCUUAGAUAAAGGCAACCACCUAUCGUCCAUCAUCCAGAACGCCUCAA